CACCGCCAUAUAUCGACUUGAUACUAGCAUUUAAUCUCUUAACUCCUUGAUGAAAUCAAUUGAGAUUGAUAACCUCAACACAACGAUUUCGGUUUAACCAACAAAAUUAAUCCCUCUUAAGUUUAUCAACCACGACCGUGCAUUAAUAAACCGAAGUUACUUACUUGUGAAACCAUCAACGAUUAACCAUCGGUUCGUCGAUCGUUUCUAGUAAUGAUUAAUAUAUGAAACAAAACUAGUUGAUCCUUUAAGUAAUAUUCAAAAUAUUAAUAUGAAAUAUGAAUAGGAAUUAAUUAAUAUUCAAGGAAGAAUAUUAUUAAAGGAGAUGAAUCCUACUAUAACUAAAAUCAAGAUGUUAACUAAUUGUCAUCUUAGCAACACUCCCCAAUAUUAAUAUAGAAGAAGAAAAUACUACUCUAACUAAUGUCAAGAUGUUAAUUAAUUGUCAUCUUAGUAGCACUCCCCAACAUUAAUAUAGAAGAAGAAAAUACUACUCUAGACUGUUCCCAUUAUAAACUGGACCAACAGGAUUAAUGCUUAACAAUGGACAAAUAAAUUUUACUCUGUAUAUUUUAACUAGUUCGGUUUAUUCGGUUCGGUUUUAAGGGUAAAAACCAAAACCGAACCCAACAACUACGGUUCGGUUCGGUUUAUUACAUUCGGUUUCGGUUUGUUAGCGGUUCGGUUUUAUUUGGCUACGGUUCAGUAUGAUUUGAUUUGGUUUUCAGUUUUCGAUUUUUCGGACCCAGCCCUAUCAACAGCUCUCUUGCUUUUGAGGCCCUAAAGAAGCUUUUGAGCUUUCCUCGUGCAUCUUCCAAAGCAAAACUUAUCUACAAAGAGCACAACGCAGUUUCACUCCAAAGUUUCUUUGUUUGGCUGUACUCCGCAAAGUAGUUACUUGGCCCAGACUACUAAUGUCUUGCCCAAACAACUUUUGUCUGGCUGUAAGACACAAAACUAAUACAUACCCCAGACUACAAAUGUCGGGGACAGACAAAUUUUGUCUGGCUAGACAGACGCUGCAGUUCUAAAGUGAAACAUAGAGUGGUUGGGGAAAUAGAGAUAACCAGACAAACAUUAUUUUUACGUAGAGAGACAAUAACUUUACACAAACAGACAAUACGGCGGAUGCCCAAACAGACAAAAGAACAACAUACAUAAGUGGAUAAUUGUACAUGUAAUGUUACAAAAAAGGUAUAAAUGUUUGUACAUAAGUGGAUAAUUGUACAAUAUUCGACACAUUUCCCCAUCUGUAAUAUGUACUGUUUGUAAAAAAAUACAUAUUCAAAAAAUGACAAGUUCAAAAUCCACACAUUUCACCACUCCAUGCUUCAGCCUUCUUCAAGCACCAUGUUGGUGUAGUCAUAGUCAGGAAUAUAUCAAUAACUUCCUCAGUAAUAGCUGCUCUGCAAAUAAUAUGACCAUGACGCCACAUUAUUCGGAUCUAUAGACAGACAAAUAAAGCAUAGAUAAACAUUUAGAACACUUAACACAGACAAUACAUGUAAUACAAAAAAAUAUUAAGUUUUAUACCAUGCUUGCUAUUGAGGCACACAUAGAGUCAUAAACUUUACCAAUCUACUUUACCAUAAACUUUGACAAACAACUAAAUAUCAAUUACAGACAUCUAUUUUUAAAAUGAACGACAACUUCAUAACUCUUAUAGAUUCCUCACAACAACAUGAUAGACAAGUCAUUACAGACAACUCAAAACAAAUACAGACCACUAAUAAACAAAUGACAGACAAUUAAAAAAUAUUAAAUUGGAAAAAAUUACUAUAUCAUAUUAAAUUUGAAAUCCAUAAAAAUACUCAUUAAACAUUGAGGUACAAAAAAAUUAAAAAAGAAGUCUUGAAUUUCAACAAAAAAUUCAUUGAGUAAUUUCUACAAACAUGUUAUAGGCAUAAAAUGACAUAGUCUAAUUGGACUAAAUUUCCAAUAAUAAAUAUCGCAAAUUUUCACUAUAAUACAAAAUAAUCAACCAUUCAACAUUAAAAGAUAUACAUAUAAAGAGUAUUAUUCAUGAAAUAAAAAAUAAACAACAAAAAAAUGAAGAAAAUGGAAAGAAUGGAGAAAAAGGCAUACCUGAAGGAAAAUGGUGUGGAAAAGGUAUACUGAAUCAAACUACUUCUAGCUAAGAGUUAUUUUCUUCUGGGGAACUUGAAGGUAUUUAUUUAAUAUAUUGACAUGGUCAAUAUAUAAGGUAACCAAGGCGGCAUAUUGGACUGAAACACUACAAAGAAAUAUUUCCAAAAUUUCAUUAUACAAUAUUUUCCUAGUAAUUUAAAUAAUAUUAAAAUUUGGAAUGAGCUAUAUGGUCUAGAGGCCCCGUUCUUUAAUUUGUGUGCUAUCCUACUGCACAUUUUUGUGGGGCUACGGAUUCUUCACACCAAAGAAGAAGGAAGAGGGAGUACCGGAAGACGACAGGGGCACAAAAGGUUAGGCGCAGAAAAGGAAGAAUGAAAUAGGAGAAAAAAAGAGGCCAAAAGAAGAUGAUGAAUUAGACGCAGAGAUAUAUGAGAGGGAUGAGUUAGGCGCUGAGAAAAGGAGAGAGAAGGAUUAGGCGCAGAGGAAGAGGGAGAAAAAAAUUAGGCUAUUUAUAUGGGGUGCAAAUGGGGUAAAAAGUGGGGUACCUAUAACAUUUUUGAAAGAAAAUAGAACUAAUAAUGUUUUUACUUGGACUGUAAUUUGCUGGUCUGUUCUGAACUGAUCCGGUCUUGUCUGAUUUCUUUUUAUUUUUAUAACUAUCCAAGUCUGGUCUGGUCUGAACUAGCUAGUCUUAUCUGGUCUGGUGUGGGAGGAAUUGUAGUCCAAGUAAAAACAUCCUAAGGGAAAGGUGUGACGAGAGGAAAAAAUGAAGGAAAAUAAAUAGAAGAAAGAAAAAAUGAAAAUGCAAAAAAUGACAUCUAGACCGCCAAAUCACCAAAGUCACUUGUUAACGGGGAAUCAAUUGUCUAAAUUAGAAAUUUAAUAGUUUUUAUAUAGUUCAGGCGCUCCAUUAACUUUUCUGGUAUAAUUCGAUAGCCGAUUUGACUUUCCAAAUUUAUCAACUCUUUGAGUCUUUCUUGAUCUAUGUGAGUCACACAUAUACCCAAAUUUAAAAUCUCCCAUUAAAUGCAACAGAUUUGCCUUUUUGUAUAGUUUGCAAUGGGAGAAUCUCAAGAGACAACCUUGGGCAAAUUAAAAGUCAUCUUAGCUCUGUUCCCAAAGAUGGAAGAAGGAACAUAAAAGUUUAUACGACCGUGAAUCCCUAUUUGAUACCGCCAGAUUUUUUAAUAACAAUGCACGGAGAGGCGGAGAGCUCCCCUAAAAACUUGUUCUCGGUUAGACUUUUUCAAUUCUACAAAUGAAAAGUACCUAAGUUCUCCCCUUCUCGGUCGGAUAGACAUUCUGUCCGGUGUUCAAAUCUCCAUCAUGUCUAGCCGUGGAAAAACUGUAGCCAGCGAACUGCCGGGAGAGGUAAAGGAGAUGAUUUUGGAGCGGAUGCCCACUCGAGAUGCCGCCAGAUGUGCUCUGCUUUCGACUCAGUGGAGGGAUGCUUGGUACCGCCAAGGCCGUCUCGUCUUUGACCGGGACUUCUUCCGCUCCCUCGAAAACAUGAGCAAAGCUGGGAAUGACGACGGCUUGUCUGUGACAGGUGGUGUCUUUUACUGUCAAGAAAAGGCGUUGAGGAACUUCACCUCUCUGGUGGUUUUUGCAUAACAAAAUAUAAGCUGCCUGUAUAUUCCCCGGGCUGACUUCGUUAGAUUUCACAUGCGUGGAGUUCAUGGGUAAUGAUAAGGGUAUUGGCAGUCUAAGACAAAUACAAAGCAACGAGAACAACAGAAUAAUAACACACCACACGCAGCUUAGUUUGAAGCAUGUUUACGUGGCAAUUCUCUCCCAUGCAUUUGUAGAAGAAUCUACUAGAAGUUGCUAGAAUAUAUUGUUGUUAGCUAGUUUGUUAUUUCUGUUUUUACUAGCUAUAAAUAUACGAAUAUAAGGCAGUGUAAUAUAUAGAAAAACAUCAGAUUGAAUGAAGAAUCAAUGAAGCUGGUUUCUACUCUUUCUUCUUCAUUUCUUACGUUAGUUCAUCAAGCUUUGCUCAUUACAUUUUAAUGGUGAUCUAUACUUUAGUUUUCUAUAUGGUAUCAGAGCGUUGGUGAGCUGCAUUCUCGCACCAAAACCAGAUUGAUCACAUAUUCGAAGGUCUGUUAAAGCAGUUCGAUCACGAUCAUGCCUCAAACAGAAGAAUCAAGUCUCACGAUCAACAAUCCUCUGUUCCUAGGAUCUGGAGAUAAUCCAAAUGCAGCUUUGGUAAAUCCACAGUUAAACGGGAGCAACUAUCAUUCCUGGAGCAAAUCCAUGAAGAUAGCCCUAGGAGCAAAGAAUAAGAUCAAGCUAAUCAACGGAUCAAUAUCUAAACCAGAUGCAAAAGCAAAAGAUUUUGAAGAAUGGGAGAGGUGUGAUCUUAUGGUUCAUUCGUGGAUUCUGAAUUCAUGCACAAAGGAGGUGGCGCAGUGCAUUCUAUAUGAAGAUACUGCCGCACAGAUGUGGAGUACCUUGAAUGAGAGAUUCUCACAAGGUAACUUACCUAGAGUUUUUGAUCUCCAAAACCAAAUAUACUCCACUGUACAGGGAAACAUGAGUGUGAAAGAUUAUUACAAUAAGCUGGACUCUCUAUGGAGAGAACUAAAUCAGUUCAAUCCGCUGAUUAGCUGUACUUGUAAUGCAAUUAAGAAUUGCAAAUGUGAAUUUCUAAAAACUCUGUUGGAAUGAGAAGAAAG